GAAAAUUGUAAUAUUUUGAAACGUCUUGUAUGAACGGUUAAAUUGUUUUGUUUUGUUUUGUUUUGAUUGAUUGUUGUUGCGCUUUCACUUUCAAUUUAUAUUUUGAGUAGACGGAAUAAAAUUCGUUCCUAAAUUCUUCACGGAUCAAAAUCAAAUUAAAAAUUCAAAAUCAUGUCUUCAUCGAAUGAUCAACAUUAUGACGUUAAUGAUAAACUUGGGCAAAGAUCAAUGAAAUUCGACCAGAAUCAAAAUCCAGUGAAUAACGGAUCGUCAAAUUUUUCAAGCGAUGAAGAUGGUAGCAAUGAAAAUGGUUUUGUUAAUUUAAACAAUUUGAAUAAAACUGCUACUAAAAGCCAAGCUUCAUUGCCAAAAAGUGAUGGAGCAGAUUCUGUUCGAAAAUUCAACGAAUCAAUGCAUUCAUUAAAUCUAUGGAUCUGGCAAUGUCAAACAUGGAUUUAUUUCCAUGGAGCAUAUCAUGCUCGUAUUCAACAACAACAUCAACAAAUUCCACAGUCGAGAACGACCAAUUUUGGUAAUCAACAAUCGACAACAAUGGCUUCGACAUCUAAUCAAGGUCCUAGUAUGGUUGUAAAACUUUCUUCAAUACGUAAACGUCUAUUGGCCGGUAUGAUUGAUUAUUUUUUCAUACAUUUCCUUUAUGAUCAAUUUCGUAUGCUUAUUGCCGAAUUAUUUGAUUAUGAUAUUCCAUUCACAACAAUGGAUUUCAAAGAAUUGGAAACAUUCUUUCCAGAAGAUGAUGAUGGCCUUGAAGAUUUAUUACCAAAAAUAUUCUGGAUCUAUAUAAAAAGCAUACAAUAUUCUACAAUGUUCUAUCUAUUUGAUUUAAUCUAUGAGACAUUAUUCCUAUAUGGAUGGCCAAAUCGUACAUAUCCAGGAGCGACAAUAGGUAAACGUAUCAUGGGUUUACGAGUGGUGAGCUGUAAUCAUUUGGAAUCAAUUUCAAUGGCUGUACCAAACAUUGUUCGUGUGAUGCCAGCAGGCAAUAUUACACUUGGCAAAUCAUUCAUACGAACAUUGAUAAAAUUAAUGCCAGUAAACAAUACGAUUCAAAGUCUUUACAUAUUAACUUCACGUUAUAAUCGAUCAUAUUUUGAUAAAAGAAUGGGAUUAUUAGUUGUCGAUAUGUCAGCUCCGGCUAUGGCACAAGUUGCAGCAGUUAUGACUACAACCAACACUAAUAACACACCGGCAAAUCCACUUCCUCAGCAGCAGCAGCAGCAACAACAACAACAACGAAUUUGA